AUGGCGAGCGGACGCAGGUCCGAGGAUUCGGCGGUGAAACCGCGUAUAUACGAGUUUGCAGAGGACGAGGCGUCUCUACUGGCCAAGUAUGCUGAUCAAACUGCGUCUAUUGAGCUCCAGGUGCAUCCCACGCACUUUCGGUUUGGCAAUCAGGAAGGAAUUAUUCCCCGCAACAAUCCGAAUAUUCAACAGUUUCUAGAGUUUGUUCAGGAGGGUGUAAUAAGUCCUGCCGCAACAGAGGUUUUCCGUGAUUCAGGUAUAAAGUUCUAUGAAGGCUGUGUUAUCUUAGAAGUCAAGGAUUAUCGCGACAUCUCUCCCACGGUCAAGGAGUACGAAAGCGAGACUCGCUCGUCCGAAAUGAGGGUUCCAAAUUCCACUAAGACAGCCAAGGCAGGUGAUCUGGAUGAAAUUGUCAAGCCUGAAUCAGAUGCUGCCGCUGAAUCUAAAAAGGAGCCCCCCAGCUAUCGUAUUUUGUUGCAGCCAACCAAUCUCUCCUUGUGGCACGAUCUACUCUACACAACCGACACAUCGCAAGGUAGAUUCAGUGACCAGCUCGCACUGUCGAUGGAAUCUGAGAUUCUGAAUCUGACUGUGCGCAAAUUGGACCUCAGAGUACCCGACAAUGCUACUUUCAAAAAGUGCCUUGGCUUGGACCUUGAUUUGAACAGAGUUCGCAAAACGCAUAGAGUCACACACCCACGCAAACCUCGGCCCAUUCACGAGCAUAGUCCUCAGGAAAGUUCUGCAUAUGAGGAGUUUAUGCUGGCUCUCAGUGAUCACACAAACGGCCAAACGUCGUCCACCACUGUGUCGAACCAUUUCUCUCGCCUGGGCUACAUUGAGCAGCUGAAAAAGAAACAAGAGGCUCUCCAGGCAGCGAUACAGGCCCAAAAACGUGCUGCUCAACAGCAGCAACAGCAACAGCAGCAACAGCAAAGACCCGCUCAGCCCCCAGCCCAAAUAGUAGGUCGAGCUCCACAGCGCCCUCAGGGCGCAGCUCCUGGUGCCAUGCAGCAAGGGGUUCCUAUGCAGCAAGCUCAGAGGGCACCCCAGCAGGGCCAGCAGCAGGCAAUGGGUCGAUUGACCCCCCAGCAGCAGGCGAUGUUGAGAAACCGACAGCUCCAACAGCAGGCUCAGCGUCUGCAGAUGUCGGGAAAUCCUGGCGGCCAGCGUCAAAUGACUCCGCAGCAGGCCAAUGCAAUGGCACAGAACAACUUGAUCAGACAAAUGCAAAUGAUGAACCAGAACCAAACCCCGCAGCAGUAUAUGUCUGGUCGGCAAGGCCAAACCCCGCAGGCCCAGUCGCAGCAGCAAUCACAGCAGGCCCAACAGGCUCAACUCCACGCUCAGCAGCAACGUGCACAAAUGGCGCAGGCGUCCAUGGCACGUGGCGUUCCGAACCAGAGAGCCCGAAUGAUGAACAUGUCUGCUCAGGGUCAAUACGGCGUGCACCAGCAGCAGCAGCAACAGCAGCAACAGCAACAGCAACAGCAACAGCAGCAACAGCAGCAGCAACAGCACCUCUACGGUAUGCAGCAGCAACAACACCCCCAAUAA